ACCCCCAUCUGUACCCAAGUUCGUUCGUUCUUUCCCCCGUCGUCGUCAGCAAUCAGCACCACACAUUCUCACGCAGCAAAACAGGCCGGCCAUGGGCGAAUUCGAAGCUUACUGCCAGCUCUGUGGAGGUCCUCUAUACAAUCCUCAUGCAACACCACUCAACGAUGGAAAAGCUUCGGAGAUAUCAAUGGAGGAAGCCACAACUGGCGAGCGUCGAAUGCUUCCUCAUGAAGGCUCGUGGCUUAACUCUGCACGAGUCUUGGGGUAUCUCAACAAUGAGAUCCGCAGCAUGAAAAAGGGCAGGUCCUUCUGGCACGAGACGGGAAGAAGAUACUCUUUCGUCUCAUCCGUAGGAACCGGAGGCGUCUGCAGCGAUCUCGAGGUAUCCGGCCUGGAGCGGGGAAUAAUGCUGUACAGCGGGCGGGUAGCAGUGCACGACAGCUGCUACCAUCUGCUACGGCACGCCAUAGAGCACGUACAGCACCUCUGGUGCGUGCGUGGUCUGGUAGAGCUCGACGUCCUCGUCGGCUGCAUGAUCAGCCUGUCGGACGACGUGUACGGCAUGGCAUUGCACACGACUCUCGAUCUGGGUGGCGCCGAGAUGUUCCGUGGCAUCCACGGGUGGGAGGGGAAUUGCACUUCCGAGGCCUGGUACCUGACCGACUACUUGGUCGAGUGCGAGGGAGUGUCGGAAUAUGUCGAGAACCCGCCGAGGGCGGAUGGGUGGCCGGGGGAGUUGGAGAAGACGAUGGCUAUGCGGCGGUGGAGACAUCGGCAGUGGAGGUGUUUCGGCUUCGGAACCGGGACGGCGCCGGAUGCGAUGGAAAUUGAUGUGGACGAUAAACCGCCACCACACCAACCACUGCUGGAGGCCCUACCGACAGAACUACUCGUGCAGAUACUCUGCUUCCUCCCGCAAAAGGACGUCAAAAGUCUCUGCUUCGCAUCGAAAACGGUGGCAGCUAUAUCAUUACCACAAGAAUACUGGAAAUCCCGCUUCGUGGUCGACGCACCUUACCUAUGGGAACUACAUGCACGCAUGCCGAUGUUGGAGUGGAUGCGACCAGCGCCGGAUUGGCGACGAAUGUACCAAGAUCUGAUCGCGGGGAACAAAACACAGCUUGCCUUUCGCGGGCUACGGAAUCGAGAACGCGUAUGGCGAGCGGCGAUAGAGGUUGCCGAGGAGUGCUGGAUCGGCGAACUGUGUGAGCGGGAAGAGAGAGGAAGCUACAUUCGGCCUGCGACAACCUAUCACAGCGGACCCGAUGCACCACGGUGGGAUGACGGCGGGUAAUUAAUGGAACGACGCCGAUACUACUCUGGCAUGGCGAGUCACGAAUCACGAAGAGAUAUUACCAACAACAAAGUGACUUUGCU